CUUUAUUUGAUGUCGGUCAAAGAGGUUGAGCUGCCGCGAAAAUUUUGAAUGCGAAGAUGGACGUCACAGCGGAACAAGUGGAGAUUGAGCGGCUGCGCGAGGAGCUGCAACAUGCGCACUCGCAGCUCAAGGCAAAGGAGGAGAAGCUUACACUUGCUGCAAGCUAUGGCGUGAAACUGUUGAACGAGAACAAGACGCUGGCAGAGCAGCAUGAGGCCAUGGUGCAUGAGAAGGAUGAGCUCGUCCAAUCUCUUGAAGAGGAGCUGCACCGCCUCAAAGGCCAGGCAAAGCAGCACGCUGCCGAGCAGGAAUACGUGACAGACCUUGAGGCAGAGAACGAGCGCAUUCGUCGAGAGUGCGAUUCGUGGCUCAAGAAAGCAGAGGCAGCGGCCAAGGAGCGAAAAGAACUGAAAGAUGAGAUUGCGCGUCUGCGGAACGCGGAGACAGAUGCCGAUGACCGCGCUCGCGUCCUCGAAGCAAAAAUCAAGCAGCAGGAAGCACGCAUCCAGGAGCUGGAGGAGCAAGUGCAAUGCUCUUUCAAAAACGAUACGAUGGAUGAAGAGUUUGCAAAUGCACAAGCCGAAAUCGCCCGCCUCCGCGGCAUCCUGAGCAAACUUCAAAUGGAAAAGACGGAAUCCGAGAACAUGCUUUCCCAGCUCCAGCAGCGCUACGCGUCCAGCGAAGAGCUUGUGGCGGACCUGCGCAACGUCGUCGAAGACAAAUCUGAGGCGCUGAAGACGGCAAGAGACGAUGCGGAACGCGCCCGUACCGAGUUGCAGAUGGUGCAAGCAAAGCUUGACUCUUACCAGUCGUCCAACGGAGAAAUGGGAGCGGGACUGGACUUGUUCUCAGAGGUUGAGGACAAGCGUCAGGCACUGGAAGACGCCGUCGCUCAAAUGAAGCGCCAAGUGUCGCGCGUGCGAAAGAGGUGCGAGCUGGCAGAGCAGCAGAGGAAGCAGCUGCAGGCGCGACUGAGUGUCGUCACGCAGCUGCAAUCCAGCAAGGCAGACGAAUCGAAGCUGCUGCGUCUUGAGCAGGCGCUGUCACAGGCGCGCAGCGAGUCGCAUACGCAACAGAGGCAACUCAAGAAGCUACAGCAGCAACUGGACCAGAGCAGCCACCUUCUUCGCAGCCAACACGCCGCCGCAGAUGGCAACUCAGACAACGCAUACGUGCAGUUCCUCCAAACGGAACUGGAUGAGAAGACAGCGCAGAUUCGCCGCUUGACGAAUGAAGUGCAGACAAAGGCGUUCCUUUGCAUCAGCGAGUCGCGAAAGGUGCGGGAGUACGAGAGCCAGUUGCACGAAGCAGAACGUCGCAACGAGCAGCUCACUGUGGAGAUGAUGGAGAAGGACAUGAAGUUGGAGGAGCACAGAAUGAUGCUUGAGAUGGCAAAGGUUGAGGCAGCAGCAGCUGCGCAGCUGGAAGCGGAGGAAGAGGCCAAACAGGCUAGCAAAGAUAAGGACAGCGGGGCAAAGCAGAAGCAACAGCAACAAAGCACGCGCCAACCGCUGGGGGAUGCCUCGAACACAGGGCCCACGGCAGCCACACCAAAGCCAAAGGCACGAAUGGGUGUUGCAUUCUCUUCGCCCAUCGCGCCCGUGGACGAUGGCAAGCAGCGCGACAUCAGCUUGGACAUUUCCGCCAUCAGCACCUCUUCGCCUGCGCAAGUCGUUCACAGCGGUAGCAGCGCUGCGAAUGCAAGCCUGCGUCUUCAUCGCCGCGCACGAGACAUGCGCCGUGGUGCGCUGGCACGUGCAAGCGACCUUGGUGCUGAUGAUGGCAGCGACAAGCACAACAGCAGCGUUGGAAGCGUGAGUGGCAGCUUUGGUGGUGACGUGGCUGUUUCCGGCUUUGCUUCUACACCCACGUCUUCCCACCGGAAACACCACGCAGCCGAUAGCAGUGGCAUUGCAUGCGACACUGGCGUGCCUGCAGUGCCGCAGUCCACGGUGGAGCAGAAAAUCACGCGCAUGAAGAUCUCUGCACCGGCCGAGGACAACAGCGUCGAUUGCAACACGCAGUGAUG